AUGAUCAAUGGAAGUAUGCAUGGGUAUUUUGAAUCAAAGAGGGGAUUGAGGCAGGGUGACCCUAUCUCCCCUCUCCUUUUUGUCAUUUGUAUGGAAUACUUGACUAGGACAUUGAAGAAAGUGGGGCAGCACCCUAGAUUCAAGUAUCAUCUUAGAUGCAAAGGUCUACAGCUGAAUCACUUGAUGUUUGCUGAUGAUGUCAUACUUUGUUGUGAAGGUGAUUUCUACUCUAUUUAUCUCAUGUUGCAGGCUUUCAAGCUAUUUUCUAUGUCCUCUGGACUGUGCAUCAAUGAGACUAAAUCAGAGUUCUACACUGCUGGUAUGAUACCUAGUGAUGUGCAAAGAAUUAAGGAUGUAUCUGGCUUCUCUCAUGGUACUCUCCCAUUGAAGUACCUAGGAGUGCCUAUAUAUUCCAAAAAGUUGUCAACCACUGAGUGUUAG